AGGUCCGACCCCAGAGAACUGCCACGGCUCGCGCCUCGAGCUCGCUCCCCACCCCCUCCUUCGCCGUGCGAAUAACGGUGACACCAGGCGCGCGGCCCAGUACUAAAGUGGCUGCGGGCGGUAGCGGGCCUAAGGUUCGUCCCAGGCAGCGUUUGGUGACUCUCCGCCAGCGACGUUGUCUUAAUAAGGCAACAAAGAUUGUUCUGAAGUCCAGAUCUCUUCAAAGACUGGUUGGAAAUUAUGAUAGUAAACCACUGCCAACUGGAAACCAUGAAGCAACAUUUUACAUAGUUGAGAUUGAAAUUAUGGCAUCUUCAACAAAUCUAGAUGUUGGGGCACAGAUAAUUGUGGAAGAGUGCACCAGCAGCUAUAGUCUGUCUCACAUGCCGGACAUUAAAGUAGAGCAUCAGCUUGACUCCACCACCGAAGAUGGCCCAGCUCAGAGUGUCGCCAUGGGAAUGAAAUUCAUUUUGCCUAAUAGAUUUGAUAUGAAUGUCUGUUCUCGGUUUGUGAAGUCAUUGAAUGAAGAAGAUAGUAAAAAUAUUCAAGACCAGGUCAACUCUGACCUUGAAGUGGCAUCUGUCUUAUUUAAAGCUGAAUGCAACAUCCAUACUUCCCCUUCUCCUGGAAUUCAAGUCAGACAUGUCUACACCCCAUCAACAACUAAACAUUUUUCGCCCAUAAAACAGUCAACUACUUUAACUAACAAACAUAGGGGAAAUGAGGUCUCUACAACACCUCUCCUUGUAAAUUCUCUGUCAGUUCACCAGCUGGCUGCUCAAGGGGAAAUGCUUUAUUUGGCCACACGUAUUGAACAAGAAAAUGUAAUCAACCAUAAAGAUGAAGAAGGUUUUACCCCUCUGAUGUGGGCUGCAGCGCAUGGGCAGAUAGCAGUGGUAGAGUUUCUGCUUCAGAAUGGUGCAGAUGCUCAGAUUUUGGGGAAAGGGCGAGAAAGUGCACUCUCAUUGGCCUGUAGUAAGGGAUACACAGAUAUUGUCAAAAUGCUGCUUGAUUGUGGAGUUGAUGUAAACGAGUAUGACUGGAAUGGAGGGACACCUCUUCUCUAUGCAGUACAUGGAAACCAUGUGAAAUGUGUAAAAAUUCUCUUAGAAAAUGGUGCUGAUCCAACUAUUGAGACAGAUUCUGGCUAUAAUUCCAUGGAUUUGGCUGUGGCUCUAGGCCAUCGGAGUGUUCAACAGGUUAUUGAGGCUCAUUUAUUGCAGCUUCUUCAAAAUAUCAAGGAGUAAUGCCCUGCUGAUAAUAGAAAAUUGUUCCAGGCCUGAAGAUCUGGACUGUGUUUUAGCCCCACAAUCAGUGAUAAAGGCUUGUUAACUUUAUCUCAGUGAAAAUAUUUGCUGGUUUUAGUCAGAUUUUAGCAUACUUUAUGUAUUUCACUGAUGUUCCUAGAAAUCUCUGAUAAUUGAUCCUUUUGUAAAUGUAUUUUAUGUAAAUUUUAAAAAAUUUAAUCUGUGUUGCAUGAAAACCUUGAAUAAAAAUGUAAUUAUAGCUGCGUAAAUGUUCACAUAAGUACAGUAGUUCACUUUCUACAGAGUAUUCCGCUAGGUUGUGUCAAUGAUAUGGUAUUCACAUAGACUUCGUUUUAGAUUUUUAGGUGUGUACCACAGAAGACAAGUGUCUUUAUUGUUUAUAGGACAAAAAAAGUGCACAAUGUGUGGUUGUUUACAAAUUCUUAUGCAGUUGAAUUAAAAUACUUUGUCAAAUUCUAUAUUUGUCUGAUUAAACUGUUUUU